CAUUAAUUUUAGACAUACGACAAAACACGUGGUGAUAUAAAACUACUAAAUUUAUUUUUAUUUUAUUUUAUCAGAGGACAAUGUCCUCUAAUGAUCUCAAGGAAAAUACAGUACAAAGUGUACAUUUAAUAAUAUAAUAUAAUUUGGACAUAUAAUUAGUUAACUAACUAAUCAACUGGUCUCCCUUUACAAUAAUUUUGAAUGAGUUAAAAAUAAAAAUAAGAACUCGUCUAUUUAUCGUUUAUAAAGUUUAUUUAGACAUCAGCAUCUGUAUAAUUGAUAAUUAUACAAUUAAUACCUAAGAGAGCAAAUCUACUUGGCAUUUGAAAGCCAGUACAUAUUUUGAGAUCAGUGAUCUUCAAAAUUAAAGUCCCAUCAGCACAGAAGAUUUACUUAUUAAUCCAUUACACACGUGGAAGUUUUUGUUGCAUCAGAAUAAAAAAUGAGCAGUGGAGAAAGUUAUGAAUAUACUGAAAUUCAGCAUAAAUGGGAACUUUCAUCAAUUCCUGAUUUUCCAAUUAGAUGUUGGAUCAACUCGGAUUAUUUUAAGUUUCCCAAUAAUGAAGUCGAAUUUCGCAUGGGCUUCGUUAGACACUCGGAUGUAUUUUAUGCAAGAUUUGAAAAAACAGGAGCUCUCAAAGGUAAAUGGUACGUUGAAUUUAUUUUCGAUGAAUGUAAAACUAUCACCUUGAUUGAUUGGGAAGAAUUCAAAGGUUCGGAUGUACCCCAAACACUCAAUUUUUUACCCGCUUCGAUUACUUGUAUUGUAAGACUUGAAAAGUUAUUCGAGAAAAAUGAACCUGAGCUGACUUCAUUGUUGCCUGGUUUGGAUAAAUAUUUAUUCUCGUCCGAAUCAAGUGACGUUAUUGUAAAAGUCGGCAGUGAAGAACUUCCUGCCAAUAAAAUGGUACUCGCUUACCACAGUCCGGUUUUUGCGGUGAUGUUCAAUACAGAUAUGACAGAAAAACGCGCAAAUAGUAUCAAUAUCAAGGACUUUGAUGUUGAUACCGUAAAAGAAGUCAUGAGAUUUAUGUAUUCGGGCGAAGUGGAACCGAUAGAUGACAGCGAUCUACUUUUGAAAUUGCUGUCGUUUGCUCACAUGUUCCAAGUAGAUAAGUUGAAGAAUUUUUGCGAGUAUGAAUUAACGGAAUGCUUAAGCGUUGACAAUAUCAUUAAAAUAUUGGUGGGUAUUGAUAAUUACGAUGUAUUGUAUCUGAAAAACAGCGCACUGACAUUUAUAUUAGAAAAUAAAGCCGAUAUACCAUUUGCUGAAGCAAUUGAACAAGUGCAUAAUUCAAAAGUAUUGCGGGACUUUUUUUCUAGUCGAGCAGGAAUGAAAAUGUGAGAAAAGUCUUCUUAUAAAAUAAGAUAUUAUCUUAUUUUUUGUACAUAAACGAUACUAAAUAUUUAUUUAAUGUAAUUUGUAUAUUUUAAUGUUCUGCGGAUGAUCAUGUAAAAAUAAUUGUACUCAUAAUAACAAAGUGUAAAAUGGAAAAACCCAAAACAAAUAAAACUUAAGGCUGGGCCGUACUAAACAAAUUUUUGAAUUUUACUUUUCUUUUAAUUUAUUAAUCAAUUGUUAUUACAUAAAUUUUGAUAGCUGCCGAAAAAUGUGAAAGACAAACUUUUUCGGAAGGUUUUCAUCAUUCGAGUGACGUAAUUAGAAAAGUAAAAUUCCAAAAUU